UGAAUACUUCUGCAGAAGAGAAAUGAAUCUGUUGGCUGAUUGUCAAGACAAACAUGCUCUGUCUGUAUGACUAAUUUCUCUGAUUGCCAACCGCAAACAUGGCGUGUCUUAACCUCCAGGGCCUCUUGUCUGUCCCUGAACUCAUCGUCCCAUGACUACCUUCUGCUGCACAUGUGAAUGCACCAAAGUGAAACCAACAUGCGCGCACACACACACAUAUAUACAAACUGGGUUUUUUUUUGUGGCUAAGUUCACGAAGCGCACAUGAUUGAUGUGUAAAUAUUGGACAUCGGAAUGUAUAUAAACAGUCGCAACAGCUGUAUGAUAUCUGUCUGAGUUGAAGAAUUUAACAGGCAACUGCUUCUACAAGUAAACUAGCACAAACAAGAUGAAGCUCUGCAUCCUGCUUAUGUUUGUGACCCUGCCCGUCCUUGUUUACGGAAUGCCACCAAUCAGUAGAGACUACAACACACACUGCCGGUGCCUUCAGGUGGAGUCGAGGAUCAUCCCUCCAGACAAUCUGAGGAGCAUCAAGCUCGUCCCUGAAGGGCCCCACUGCCCGGAUAUAGAAGUCAUAGCUGGACUGGUGAAUGGGGAGAAAGUGUGCCUGAACCCUCGGUCCUCCUGGGUGAAGAAGCUUAUUCACUUUGUUCUUGAGAAACAACUGCAUCAGAAUGGAGGAGAAGCACUUCCCAAGAAUCGAGGAUAAUACCAUGAUACAAAUUAAAAACAUGUUGCAAUUGAAGCUGUUGAAACAUGUCUUUCUGCAACUAUGAGCCAUGAUGUUUUACUUUAAUAAAUAACAUUUAACCCAAUUUGUGUAACUUAAAUAACUUUUCUGUUGUUAUUGUUAAUAUUUUCUUAAACAUUUCUAAGUAACAUUGAUUCUGGACUUAUAUUGACUAUGUGUUAGAGCACAUAAAAACAGAUGUGUGUGAUUAUGUUAAGGAAGUAGUUGUAAGACUUGGGUAAGAUAUUUAAUUGCGCUCAUACAUUCAAGUGUGACACUAAUAUGUUAAUUGUUACUCUGUGUAGAAAGUUUGGUUGUAUGACCAGAUGAAGAAGUAGCAGAUGAAUGUAGCAUGAAAUCUGUCACACUAUGUAAUACUGUGUGGAGCUUCUCCAACAUAUCAUUUGCUUUGUUAAACCACUAUCCAUAUAUCCAAUGUGAGGCUUAAAAGAAAACAAAUAUAUGUUUAAAAAG